AUGGCUGAACAGAAGAAAAUUCGAGAGGAAUUUAACAACGCUCCAGUGAAAACUCUUGAUACUCUAAAGUCGGAAUUAGCUGAAUUACAGAGCGCAGUCAUUGCGGUUUCCUCCGGUUCUCGCAAGCAGAGUGUGCAAGCAGCUCAUCUGAACGAGGAAGCUCUAAAGGUAAGAACAGAGUGUCGGCUGGCACAUUUUCUUUUUUUCUUCAGUUGGAAAGGAGUUUCGCCAUGGUACAGAAGACUCCUGAUCUUGCUUAUGACUCUACCCAAGACAGUCCUGCUCUUACGCAGUACUUUAAUAAGUUCAUUACGUCUUCUGGCGAUCGUGUGCUGAGGUACAAGCAGGAAGUCCAGGCAAUCGAGGAACUUUUGUCUUCAAGGGCACGAGCGUCCCUCACGCCAAAGGGUAACUCACUUAAUUCUUUAUUACUGGCCUCUUCUAGAACUUGCUGAAGUGUUACGAAAACUUGACGAGCAGUUUAUUUCGCUUGCGGCACAGCUUUACACAGCAAAGGAGGAUGUAAACGUACGUGUUUUCCCGAAAUAAGUGGUCGGUCGAAUGAUGCCAACACGUCCUAUCUCCUCUCAUUUUUUUUCACAACCCAGCUAUCUAUGAUAUGCCAGAUUUUCGACCGAGGGUGUAUAAUUUUAGUUCAAAUGUUUAUUAGGUCAGACUAGAAAGUACAAAACUCAUAGCCAGAGAAUCUUUUUGCGUGAAAUCUCAAGUCACAGAUCUCCCAGACUUGUGCCUUCAUCCAGCUACGAGUUGUUACAACUACGUUUGAGAUUUGCUCGGUAAUCUUUUCUGUUGGACGCAUAGGUCGAGUGUAUUUUUGUCUGACCAACCAUCAUAUAAGGCCCUUUUCUAGAAGACUGUUUUGUGUUUGCGUAAACUCUAAAUAUUCCUCAGCGGAAAUCUCCCAGAACCAUAUUAGUUUCUUCCUGUUAAUUGUGUGGAGGAGAAUUUAAAUUUGGCCAGACAACUAACAGGAAUGGUUGAUCUAGCUCAGAGAUAGAGCACCCGACCAGGUUUGGGAAGGCCGGCCAUAUGGGUCUGUCUCCCAGAAAACGUCCUCUGACUGAAUUAGUUCCAUAUUUCCCAUAAUUCGUCUCAUGAAUGGUUUGAAAAAAGCCCCUGUCUGUUUGGUCUGUCGCAUUCAGCUAUGGUCCUUGGGAAAAAGCUGACAGCAUGCAAAAUGGCGUGGUCAGUGGUUGUUCUCGUUCAUAUUUGAUACAUCACUGGUCGUGCCUGGUCUAACCGGCAUCAGAUCUGAAAUUGUCAGCCGCUCCCUUCCUGGUCGGACACAGAGUCUCCACCUAGGUCAGCGGUUAGCCCGUGAUGCUCUCACGUUAGCAGGUACUUCGCCGAUCACCUAACAUUUUUGUCGACAUUUUUACGCAGAUCAUAAAGAAUCUCUGAACGAUGCACCGUUUUCUCAUCUCCAUACAAUAGUUCGCGGUGUUAGCAAACCAUCUCCUGCCUUUUUGCCUUUAAACCCCACUAAUCUGUUCUUUUCAACACCUGUUUUUCUAGGCCGUGAAAAUGCAGUUUUUACGGCAAUUCCGCACAACGAACGGCGAAAAGCCACUUAUUUCGCUGUCAGAUCUCGAAACUCCACUGCCUCAGACCUCCUUUGAUCUGCUUGAGAAGGACUUCAAGAAGUCUUCCGCUCUUGGCCACACACCCUACGGCCCUUCACCCUUCUCCAUGUCUGCUGCCGACAGUCCUGCAUCGACCGUCGCCGUAUCCGUACAGCCUACAAUGACGUCUGGCACCCAAGGCCUUCUUCAAACCUUGACAACCACCGGAAACCCCAACACUCUUAGUGGAGGUUUAUUCUCGCUAGGUGGAACUCCAGGCAAGUCCGCCUCAUAUAUUUCAGUCCCUUCCGGGUUGGUCAUUCGUGAUGUAGGUUGUCGUGCAUGUCAACCGUAUGCGCAGACGUGAACAAGGCGCUGAUUGGAAUCUUGAAAUAAGUUGCCAAUGCGGAAACGCAGUCAACAAUUGAUUCGUACAUUGGGUGCGCUGGUUUUCAGUCGAAUAUUUUCUUAUCCCUAUCUUCCGGACGUACUCACUGAAGUCUCUGCUGAGGCGAAGCACACGUUUUCUGCCUUCCACAACCCACUUACUCCUUUUCCAUGUUGCAGGCACGUUGUCACACAUGUUCGCACCGAUUCGUGACAGACCGUCGGGCGACGCUGGGUCAGUUGGCAGGUUUCGCUCCCUGCUGUCAGCAUCAGCAAUCUUAUGUCAUCGGAGGGUUUCCGCUCCAAGUCUACUGAGCCAAUUUCGGAGUCAUCCCAGAAGAGGGGAAUGGAGGGUAAAGUUGAUGGGAUUUCGGGCUGAGAAUGUAUGCAUCGGUUGUCAGCGCGGGCCAUGUCUCACACCAAUCCACAAGAGUUGUACUGCUAGAGGCGUUAUGUUGGUAGAAGCGAGCGGGCGAGUUCCAGGGAGCAGUUCAGAAGACGAAGAUGCGAUCACUGGAACAAGAAAUUUAUUGGCCUGACGUUCCGGAUUCUGACUCGAACCCAUUAUCAGAGGCAGUCGACUGUCUACUGAGGUAUACAUUGUGCAGUUGGGAUCCCUUGUAGUCAGGCUUCGGACAACUAUAAAUGUUGGGCAACGAAAAUUGGACCGGACGUCUCAAGCCAUCUAGACCACCCCGUUUCGUUGUCGGAGUAUAAAGUUUUGGGUAAAGAUAAUUUGAUACCAAACACCUGCGACGACCCUUCUGUUAUUCCCUUUCAAGGUACUUUAUUGAGUUUAUAUAAACAUUGCGAAAUCGGGUUAGGCUUUUCCCAGCUUGAGACCGUUGUGACUUGGAGCGAGUUUAAUUUAAAAAGCGCCAACACACCCUUAGUCGCGAAUCGCGUAAAUUCUGCAUAUCUAACAGCAUUAAACGUCUGUUCGAGCACUGUUUCAUGCUUUAGGCGAUACACCCACGCUGAGUUUCUUUACGGCAUAUCAUUUGCGCGACCGCAUACCGUCUGAUACUCUCCAUCGCAGUUUCAGAGUGCAAUUAAUCUAUCAGGGAAUAAAAGACUAGACACAGAAGAGAAUAGUUUAUUAGCCUGAGCUUUUCAACUGGUCUACGGGUCCGUUAUCAGGGAUGUGUGGGAAACGACAAAAUGAUUGUGAUGGCGAAUCUCGUGCACCUGCGACCGGCUGCGCCACUCCCGGCGACUACCGCCAAUCAUGAGACUGGCCUGGGCCCUUCAUCUUGGAGGGUAAGGGGGGGGGGCGGUCCGGGGUGCUCGACUGGCUGAUUACCGGGUUCACACCCAUGCUUUUUCUCCCCCCUUGCCCGAUUAUCAACGUGACAGCAGAGCCAAAGAUGAAACUUCGUUUCGGACCGUAAACCGUCGCUUUGUCUUUGUUUUCGUAUCGUUCGAUCUGCAUUUGCUGGGGACAGUCAGGGUGUGACGGCAGUGGCAACUGGCGAAGCCAGGACUGAUGUUCACUGCGUCCAGUCAGGCCUGAGACUCCCUGAGACAGUUGUGGUAGCCGCUUUUGUAGGCUCGUGGGCCAAGCUCAGGUGGUGGCCAGUCAGUGUGUGUUGCAUUUGCUGAGGGAUGGUGUCCCAGUGGCUUAGGUUAUGGUUACAGGGGGAAGGUGCGUCCAAGUGGCCGCAUGGGCAGAUGCGGCUGUGCGGCCGCAGGUGUGCCCGGGCUGUCGGUCGUGUGACUUCAGGUCAGCACGUCUGGAACGGUUCACUGCAAAAGGGUGAAUGACCUUGAGGCAGCAGGGUCUUAAAAAAUGACGCCAGACCGGUCAUGAUGGCCGGCCGCCACAAGGGCAUGAAAUGUGACAGACGGCAUCUGACUACCUACCCUGGUUCUCACCCUCCCUCGAUGUCGGUGGUCUAAUUGAGCAUUAUGGCCACAGCUCACUGUGCGGGCAAUGCAUUUCAUGGCCUCGGAGGGACCUCUGGUGUAAGGCUCUGCCUCCUUGCUGUAAGGCCACGGACGCCUGAUGACGAAUUGGUCCGUCCACGUUUGCUUCCUAGGUGCUCCAGUGAUUGAAAGUCCCUCCGAAAGCUGAGGCCAACAGGCGCUUUCCGGUGUUUGGCCCUCCCUUAACGGGAGAAACUCCCCCCCCCCCGGUUAUGCAUGUUCUACCCUAUAGUCAUGAAGUUCCUCGUUUUGCAUUCAGGUACAACAACUACGACUGCCGGUGCUACCCCAGGUUUCUCGGUCGGGUCAGGCUUGACGGGCGCCUUUGGUGCCACCUCAACAGCAGCACCCACAACGACUUCUGCUUUCGGGUUUGGGCUGGCAAAACAGCCGUCUGCGACACCCACUCCGACCUUUGGCUUUGCAACUUCGACCGCAGCCACUCCCGCGACGACCAGUGCAUUCGCUUUCGGCACACCCGCCGCCACCACCGCCACCACGACUACAACCACAUCCUCCUUCUCGCCUUUUGGUGGAAAGAGUUUAUUCGGCCUGCCGAAAUGA